UUGCAUUCCUCUGGUUGGAACAUUCCCUCUCAUCUCAUAAAUCGCUAUCUUUCUCGGUCAUUACUUGUAGUAACUAACUAGUUAAAUAACUGCUGAUAAUCAUUCUCUCUAUCUCGCAGCCAGCGCCAUGGACAACAUAUCAGGUACGGGGAACCCUUCUGACAAACUCCCAGUCCACUACGCCAUAAUCCUCUACCCGGGUUUCCAAGCUCUAGACGCCUUUGGACCCCUUGACGUCCUCAAUGUACUCGGGAGAGACAAGCCAAUUAAGCUCUCCAUCAUCGGCCCAAGCUUGGACCCCGUCAGCAUCAAUGCUCUGCCCCGGCAGGGUUUGAUAUUCAACCCGGCAUUCUUCCAGAGUGUGGUCCCUACGCACACCUACGCCAACCCGCCAGAAAACAUUGACGUCCUCAUCAUCCCGGGUGGCACGGGGAAUCGAGACCCGAGAGUGCUCGAGCCAGUCUCCAAGCUCACUCGAGACUUGUAUCCGGGAUUGCAGUACCUCUUCACGAUCUGCACCGGCUCCAAGAUCCCAGCCCACGCGGGCAUCCUGGAAGGGAGAAAGGCGACCUCCAACAAGAUUGCUUUUGGCGAGGUCGCGGCUGCUUACCCCAAGGUUAAUUGGGUCGAAAGGGCGCGCUGGGUUGUUGACGGGAAUAUCUGGACCACCUCGGGCAUUAGUGCGGGGAUAGAUGGGAUGCUGGCCUUCGUUGAACAUCUUUACGGCAAGGAGAAGGUGGAUGUGCUGUCUCAUUAUUUGGAAUAUGUGCGGAACGAGGACCCGUCCGUCGACCCGUUCUGCAGCGAAGAAACGAAGUAAGGCAUUGACUGGAGUGGAUGGAGGACGAGCUUGUGGGGGUUUGCUUCCUUUGCAUGGGCGUGUUUGGUUACCAAGCUGGCUGCUUGUUACUCUAACCAGUGGUUCUAUGUGCAUACACACAUACAGUUCGCUGCAUCAAGCGAG